AUGGAUAGCCAGAUACUUCAGCUUAUCGAAAGGCUAGACGAGGAUGCUUCGACGGUAACGAAGAUAGAUGAGUUGCUUGCGAAGCUUUUGCCAUCAAUUGAAAAGCUUCACGUGAGCCGCUACGUCUCCCCUGAGCUCCAGCUCUUCCUCGAUCUCCAAGAUGACUUCAGAACCAACUUGACCAACGCCUUAGUCGAAGUCUAUCGAAACGAUGAGUGGAAUGCCGAGCAGGUCUUGGUAGCCAAUCGCGUACUUCAAGGUCUCCUUAUGAUUCAUCCAGCGCUGAGAGUGGUGUUCCAUCGUCAGCGCAAUAUGGCGUCCAUCAUCAAAUACCUUGGCCAUGAGGAUAUGGAGGUGGCGAAAUCAACAAUCAUCACUCUUAUCCACGUUAUGAUCAAUGACCUUCAAAAUUUCCGCAUGUUUGAGUCCGCUGGAGGGUGCAGUGCCCUCAUCAAGAGAUUUGACCUUGAUCGACAAGAUCAGCAAAAUUUGAACUAUAAGGUGAUUGAGUUCCUUUUAUUUUACUUAGUUGAUGAGGAAGGAGGGCCAGAAGCUUUGACUGGUGCUCAAAAGCUGGAGCUUUUUCGUUCAGAUUUCGCCGACAUCGACUGGCUCGUGGAGAGUUUAAACGAUAUGAAAGCGGAAUUGGGUACAAUCAGAGAAUAG